CAAUGUCAAUAAUCGCAGAGAGCUCCUGUAUAUAAGCCUGGCAAAUCAUUGAUUCGACACAACACGUCCAACUAGCGAGUCCUGGUCAAUUAUCCCAGCAGCGCUAAUACCAAACCUACUCUACACCCACCAUGAAGUGCUUCAUCGUUCUUUCCGCCCUGGUUGCCGCAGUCCUGGCAAAGCCCGGCUAUCUCCAUCAAGGCGCCGUCGUUGCCCCUUUGGCCUACGCUCGUCUCGUUCCGGGUGCUCCGAUCGGCGUCGACGGACGCGUCGUCGACACCCCCGAAGUUGCCGUCGCAAAAGCCGAACACUCUGCCGCCCACAUCAACGAGAGGGUGACCCUAGCCAACGAGGCGGCGAAAAGCCACGGCGCCUACGCCGCCGUCGUACCAGCCGCUGCUUACUCAACUUAUUCCGGCGUCCCUAGCGCAGCCUUCGGUCUCCUCAACGCUUAUUCGGCACCGGCCGUUGCCUACGGCAAGGUCUACUCCGGACUCGCCGCUCCCGUUGUGUCCGCCUACUCCGGAUACGCGCAUGGUCCUAAGUACGCCUUGGGCGCUCCACUGAGUUUGGACGGACGUGUCGUCGACACCCCCGAAGUAGCCGUUGCCAAGGCUGCCCACUUCAACGCUCACGCCGAAGCCAACGCCAGACUCGGACAUUACGCCGGACAUUACGGAUACGGUUACGCGGCUGCACCGACCCUCUCCGUCUGGCUCGCUUUUUCCGCUCUCGUCGCCGUUGCUCUGGCUAAGCCGGGUUUCCUCAACGGAUUGAACGGACAUGUCGCCGUCCCGGCUCCCCUGGGCCACGUUCACGUACUCCCUGGCGCUCCGAUCGGCGUUGACGGCCGCGUGGUCGACACCCCCGAGGUGGCUCACGCCAAAGCCGAACACGCCGCGGCGCACAUCAACGAGAAAGUCACCCUCGCCAACGAGGCCAUAAAAGAUCGUCGAAAACUUCGUGAUCUCCACAACUCAAAUCGACCUCGUUUGGCGAGUACUGGAUUUCAAAAGCCAGCAGCGCUGAUCGAAAAACAAAAAGAAAACACAGUCAACAUGAUUAACCCUGCGAUCGCGAUCACCGUUCUCUUCGCCGCGGCUAACGCCGGACACCUGGGAGUCCCGUUGGCCUACAACGGUUACUGGAACAACUUGGGAAGCGCUCCGUUGGGACGCGACGGCAGCGUCGUCGACACACCGGAAGUAGCAAACGCCAAAGCCCUCCACUUCGCCGAAUACGCGAGAGCCGCGUCCGCGGCCACCGCGGUUCCCAAUUACGCGGGGAUUUACGGCUGGGGUCCCUCGGGAUCCGGGUAUUCCUACGGCGCCGCUCCCCUCGCCGCCGACGGCCGCGUCGUCGACACUCCGGAAGUCGAGCACGCCAAAGCCGUCCACUUCGCCGAGUACGCUAGGGCAGCCGCGGCGGCGGCCGAACCCUCCUCCGCAUCGAGCGACGGAAGCUACGGCUGGGCUCCCUCGGGAUCCGGAUAUUCCUACGGCGCCGCCCCCCUCGCCGCCGACGGCCACGUCCUCGACACCCCCGAAGUCGCCCGAGCCAAGUCCCUCCAUUUCGCCGAAUACGCUAAGGCCGCGGCGGCAGCCGCGGCGGCUCCCGCGCUCCACUACGACGCAGGAUACGAUCGUCACGCCGCCGCCGCCGCCGCUCCGUUGGGACGAGACGGUGCGGUGAUCGAAACCGCCGAAGUCGCUCAGGCCAGAGCCGCUCAUCUCGCCGCACACUCCGCCGCCGCUGCCCGAGCCCAUUCCGCCUGGUACUGUGACAAUUUGUCCAAGCUUCAGGGUGAGGCAACUGACUAUGAGGUCUCAAGAACACAGAGCGAAUCGAGAGGAGAGAUAGCGAGUACUGGUCGCCAGCAGCGCUAUAAUACUAAAGUUAAAACGUAUACACAGAUACGAUAUUUUCAAACUACCGCAUCGCGUACACGCAAUCGCCGAUAUAUCCUCACCAUGAACCGCCUGAUAAUCUUCGUCGCCUUAGCCGCCGCGUGUAACGCCGGUUAUUUGGGCUCGCCCUCACCGAAUUACGGGGGUCAUUCAGCCGGACCGGCUGCGGCGCCGCUCCAGUACUCUCCACCGGCCCCGGUCGGACAGGACGGCAGCGUCAUCGACACGCCCGAAGUCGCUCAGGCCAAGGCGGCGCAUUUCGCGGAAUACGCCAGAGCCGCGGCCCGCGCGGCCGAGGAAAAAUCGCAUCAGGUCGGCCCCCAGGGUAAUCAGAUAAAUUACGCCCCCCAGGGUCUCGGCGCUUAUUCCUCGGGACCGAAAGCGCACUCCCGUCAGGUCUACGAGAAUCCGGCUCAAACGGUGAAUUACGCGAGCCCGGUGCCAUCCUUCUCUUCGGCGCCGCACCGCUACGAUUCUCCCGCGCCGUACGCCCUACCCAAAUCCUACGACGCGCCGGCGUCGAAACCGAAUUACGUGCCGGCACCUCUCGCCGAAGACGGAACCGUGAUCGACACCCCCGAAGUAGCCGCUCUCAAGGCGGCGCGUCUCGCCGAACUCGCCGAAGCCGAAGCUAGGGCUUACAAGUACGGGGGAAACAACAACGACGACUACAACAACGGACAAGAAUACGCAGCCGCUCCUCAGCGCUACGCAGCUCCGGCCGCUCCCCAGCAGUACAGCGGCGUUCCGUCCGCAAGAUCUUACGCCGCUCCCCCCGCACCUUCUUACCAUCAAGGAUACCCCGCACCUCCGGCUGCCGCCUCUUCUCCUCCGCGUUACGACGCCCCGGCUCCGACCGAUCGGGACGGUCGCGUCGUUGAGACACCGGAAGUUGCUCAAGCUACCGCCGCUCAUUUGGCGGCUCACGCCGCCGCUCAGGCAUCUUACCAACCGAGGGCUUCUUAUCACGGCCAACAACCCGCUUAUCAGCAACCUCAACAAAUUUAUCAACAACAGGCCUAUCAACCACAGUCCCCUCGACAAGCCUAUCAGCCACAAGGAUAUCAACAGCAACACUGGUGAUUUGUAUUACACGUAUACCUGUAUAGAAAUACCGAAAACCUACAUUGUGAAAAGCUCGAGUGUUCGUCUUCGAAAAGAGGGAAAAAAUUCAAUGGACAGCUGGUCACCGGCGAUUCGACGUACUGUAAAUAAUGCUAGGCCAAUAAAUUGUUUUUUUUUUUAGAAA